GUUAUUAGGCCAGCGAUGAACUAUGCCCAAAUUUAGUUCUAUCAUUUGGGGGCAAAUCCAAACUAACCAUUAUAAACUUUUUUUAAAAAGAAUCAUCCUCAAUCCAAUUUAAAAAUAAAAAAUCGAAGUUAAGUUAGCCUCGUAAUCUAAUCUAAUCUUAUCUGUGUUAAAUUAUAUUUAACGAGUAAUCUAUACUAAUCAUUUUUAACUAAGCUGGAGCAAAUCUAAACUAAUCCCUCGUCUCGUCGGAUGAAAAAAUAUAAUACGUAUUCCCAUUCGAAUAGCACAGAUCUCACUCUCACCAGGCCGGAUGUAAUGCUUUUUCCUUUCUGAGUCAGGCCCAGCCCAAUUUCACUCGGGAGAUGAGAUUUCAAAAUUUAAGCCUGACAUGGUUGGUCCUUCAAAUCUCAACGUUGAUCCGCUAGGCCUAAAGACAAUUCUCCCCUAGUUGAUCCGGUCCGACUUUUAUUGAUCAAGUUUCCAAUUUACAUGAGGCGAACAUGGUUGUUGGACGGACGGCGGAUAUUAAUUAGCGUCGACUCCUAAGUCCUAAUCUCGCAUCAGCGUCGUCCGUUGGGACUUGGGAAGAGCGCCCAGUCCGGGUGGGGGUUAUAUUCGUUAUUUUAUUCUGUUACUUCCCUACAAAAGACCAUACAAAUAACUGGAAAAUUUUGACAUUCAUCAAAAUCAAAACCCUAAUACUAAAACCUAUAAAAAAAAAAGAAGAAGAUAGUAAAGAGCAACUCGUCCGCGUCACAAGCGUCGCCUCUGCGCCGUCUCCGAUCGAAGAAGACCCCCUACGCCUUCUUCUUGUUCUUCUUCUUCUCGAAGCCGCAUGCAGAUGGAGUCGUGGGCUGUGGAAGUCAAACCUGGGGAAACUUUUAAGUGUGAUCCACAAAGAGACAACUAUGUGUACCUGAUGCAGGCAUCACUUGGUAAUAGCAAGAAGGAAGGAGCAGAGAAUGUUCAAAUCUUUCUAAAGUUUGGUGACCUAAAUCUAGUCAUCGGAACUCUAUCAGCAGAAAAGUGGCCUCAGAUAUUAUAUAAUUUGCUUUUUGAGAAGAAGUUUGAAUUAUCUCACAACUCAAAGAAUGCUAGUGUCUUCUUUUUCGGCCAGAAGACUCUACCUUUGGAUGCUUCUGAUUCUGAUGAUGAUGAUGAACUUUCAGUUAAUUCUGCCAGCGCGGAUGAUAAUGAUGUUCAAGCUGGCCAAAUUGCAAACGUCGUGGAGCAUGAGACAAGAAAACCGAAACAGGAGGAGGCAGAUGAAAUCGUUGAGCUUGAAAAACCAUCAUACCCUAAAAACCUAGAUGCCAGUAAGGAGAGCGGCGAAGAUAGUUCCGAGGAAUAUAGCUCGGAAGAAUAUUCUUCUGAGGGAGAUAGCUUUGGGGAAUAUGAUUCACAGGAAGAUAGUCAAUUGAGAAAUGAUUCUGAGGAUGAGGAGGAAAUUGAUGAGAAUGAAAGUUCAGAGGAAGAUGCGGCUAUAACUAAAUUAAGCGACUAUCACCAAGGGAGCAGUCAGCGUUUAUGCUGCAGUAGUUCAAAAGAGAGGAUCACUACCCUCCGAGGCAUCUGAGAAAGCAAAGCGCUCCAAUGCCAAGUGAUCAGGAAUAUCGACUCUUCCUCACAAUUUUGGAGAACUUCGGGCAGCAAUUGAGAGACAAGUUUGCAUAGAGGCUUUAGUGGAUCUAGUUUUUUUU